UCGCGUACAGAACGGCUGGCAUUCUGCUCAAGGGACCCUUUGCGAUACUUACCAUAACAAUCGACGAAGGAAAAGGGUGAUUGUGUGAGCCCUGUAGCUUGUGUAUGAAAGUCUGGCCAGGCUUUGAGCUGCUCUGGAAAGGCAUUUCUCCUUCCAAGGGCUCGCCAAUCCGCGGCCAAGAUGGAGCGCAAACAGGAGUCAAGAAGCAGCGCCUCCGAAUCGGCGUCUCUGGCGGAAGACGAGCUGCUCUUUUGGGUAGAAAGAGAGAAUCAAGAAUCGGAAAAAAGAGAAAAAUGGGAAGAUACGAAAGAGAUGAAAGGAGAGGACGAAGAAAAUGAUGAUAAAGAAGAGAGGGUGGAAUAUGAUUUGUCAGUGACUCAGACAAUGGGCAGUCGGAUAACGAUGGAGAAAUUCACGGAUUUGCAGAAAUUCGUGGAAAGCCAAAAGUCGUCGGUUUCGGACAAGUCCAACAGUUCUGAUUCCCUCACUGUCAAUACCUCGAGAUCUUCAUGGAACGAAGCCUACUUAACUGACCACUCUUCAUCGUGUUUAGUCGAGAUGUCGUCGACUGAUGACUCGCUAGGGAACUACGAAGCCCACAUGUCCACAGAUUCAGUUGAGGAGUAUCAAGAUAUGGUGAGGACCCUUCAACACUACCGCCCUCGUAUAUCUCGCCGUCGUCGCCGCCGUCGCCGUCGUCAGCGUCUCACUUUACCUAGUCGGGGUUCCUCUUCGCCCUCCUCCACCUCUUCGCCCUCCACCUCUUCAUCCUCCUCCCGCUCCACCGUCAGCACCGACUCGGACUGCUCCUGCGCCUCCUGCUCCUCCUCGAUGGCCGGAGUGACCAAGAAGUACUUCGGCGCGGAGGUCGGACCUCCUGGCGGCGAGGGAACGAGGCAGCGGCGGGCGGCCAUUUGGCUGGAGAGCAUCAAAUACCUGUGGGGCAUUUUAUUCUAUGGUCUACUAGUACUGUCUAUCCUGUUCCUUGCAACGGCGAUCUGGAUGACUCAGCGCGUGAAGGAAAAAGAAUUUGGUUACAAGAUGCUCUACUGGAGCAUCCCUUUCGUGGUGGUGAUGACAUUGCUGGUUCUGGCAUGGCAAGGGACAUGGCACAUUCUGCUGCGCCUCGGCUAUGGCGAUGGUUAUCACAUUCAAGACAGGAGGAACUUUAUUGAAUUCGCUCAAAAGAGAGAGCUCGUUUACACAAUCCGUGGGGCUAUAUACGCCCCGACGAAUCCCGACCCGACGGCUAACGCUUCGAAGGCCUGUUCCUCCUCGACGCAGAAGCCUCCUUCCUACUCGGUGGUGGCCUACGAGAGCGAGUACGACUCUGACCUCUACUUCGACUCCGAUCUUGACUCCGACGGGCAGUACCGGCGCAGCAUCACGCCCUUGCAGGGGAUCGAGGACCCGGGGAAGAGGGAGAGAAGGAACAUCUACACGAGGAGGGCCUGGCGGAGGGACGUCCCCGUGAUCUGGUGGGAAGUGUGGAAUCAGCCCCCUAGAGAUUUCUGAAGAGGGGGUGUGGGGUUGGGAAAUGGGGUUGUAGGGUUGGGGAAGAGGUUACAGGGUUGGGAAAUGGGUUAUGGGAUUUGAAGAAAGGGUUAUAGGGUUGGGGAAGGGAUUGUGAGGUUGGGAAAUGGGUUGGAGAAGGGACUGUGAGGUUGGGAAAUGGGUUAGGGAACUGGGGUUAUGUAUAGGGUUUGGAAAGAGGGUUGCGGGGUUGGGAAAUGGGCUAUGGGAUUGAGGAAGGAGAUGUGAGGUUGGGGAAGUGGUUAUGGGUUACGAGGUGUUGCUGGGAUAAGAUAAAAAAAGGGGGAGAAAGAGGAGCAAGAAGGAGGGCUUAGAAGUGUAGCGACCCUGGUCUACUACCCGGGUCCUCCAGCUUCGAAGACCCUCAUAACAUAGUCCGUGGACUCUGCUGGGAAGAAGGCACCGAUAUGGAGUUAGUAAGCACCUCUGGGUUCUUAGUCUAGACAUGUAUCCCUCAUGCCUUUGCAAGUACACCUUUGCAAGUCCACUGAAUGAUAUGUAAGCACAAACAUCCCAUGCGCCAUUUUCUUUGUGAGCAUGUGUUAUAACUUCUGUAGUGUUAAGUGUUGUAUUAUUAGUCUGGUGUAGGAUUAAGUGUUUUAGUGUUACAUGCAUUAGACUAUGUGUAUGCAAUGUACCCUGUCAAGUACUGUAUGUAGGCCUAUUCAUGUGUAUACCAUACAUUGUUUAUAUGUACUAUUUUGUUAUUUGUUUGUUCGAGUUGCACACUAUGAUAAUUGGUGAAUUAUGUAUUUGUAAUAUAAUCAUCCUUGCAA